GGAUGGCGGGGGUUGGCCUUUGGGGCGGCUCCCGAAUUUCUGCUUCCCCCCGGCCCGGGGAAUAAGAAGCCAGGGGUCGGAAGGGUGCAGCAGGGCUUGGCGAUGGCGGUCCAGGUGCUGCUGCUGCUGUCUGUGCUGCUCGGGGCUGGGAUCCCGCUGGCCUCUGCCGCCCGCCGCCCGGCUCUUUGGCCCCUGCCAGUGUCCGUGCAGCUGUCACCGAAACUCCUGUACCUCGCACCCGAGAGCUUCGAGAUCAUUCACGGCUCCCAAUCUUUCGCGGGCCCUGAUUGCUUUCUCUUGCAGGACGCUUUCCGCCGCUAUCGUGAGUAUGUUUUUGGCUAUUUCAAGAGUCCAGAUCAGUAUUCCAAGUCUUUUGUUGGAGCAGAACUACAACAACUUCGUGUCACAAUUACCUCUGACUCAGAUUGUGAUGCUUACCCUAACAGCACUUCUGAUGAGUCUUAUAAAUUGAUUGUUCAGGAGCCUAUGGCAGUACUAGAAGCUAGAGAGAUUUGGGGUGCUUUGCGAGGUUUGGAAACUUUCAGCCAGUUAGUUUACAGAGAUCCUUAUGGGGCUUAUUUAAUCAACGAGUCAGAGGUGAUUGACUAUCCAAGGUUUCAUUUUAGAGGAAUUUUAAUUGACACAUCCAGACACUAUCUACCAGUAAAGACCAUUCUUCAAACCCUGGAUGGCAUGACAUUUAACAAAUUUAAUGUUCUGCAUUGGCAUAUAGUGGAUGACCAAUCUUUCCCAUAUCAGAGUUCAACUUUUCCAGAGUUAAGCAACAAAGGAGCCUAUUCUCCUGCCCAUGUUUAUACCCAAACUGAUAUCAAACUUGUGCUUGAAUAUGCUCGAUUACGAGGAAUCAGAGUUAUCCCAGAAUUUGAUACUCCAGGCCAUACAGAAUCCUGGGGAAAAGGCCAGAAUGACUUAUUGACACCUUGUUAUAAAAGAGGAAUGAAGACUGAUAUUUUUGGACCUGUAAAUCCAAUUUUGAAUUCAACUUAUGAGUUCAUGUCAAAGUUUUUCAAAGAAGUUAGCAAAACAUUUCCAGAAAACUACAUCCAUUUGGGAGGAGAUGAAGUAGAUUUCACUUGUUGGAAAUCAAAUCCAGAUAUAAUAGAAUUCAUGAAGCAACAAGGCUUUGAUCAAGAUUAUGAGAAACUUGAAUCUUACUAUAUUCAGAAGCUUAUAGAUAUUGUUUCAUCUACAAACAAAGGAUAUAUAGUCUGGCAAGAAGUUUUUGAUAAUGAAGUAAAGCUUAAGCAAGAUACUAUAAUUGAAGUUUGGAUUGGAUCGUCUUAUAAAAUGGAGCUACAGAAAGUUACAGCAGCUGGGUAUCAGGCAGUUCUUGCAGCCCCUUGGUACCUAGACUAUAUUAGUUAUGGACAAGAUUGGAAGAAAUACUAUAGUGUGGAACCCCUUGAUUUUUCUGGAACUAAAAGUCAGAAAGACCUUGUAAUUGGUGGAGCAGCUGCUCUGUGGGGAGAAUUUGUGGAUGCAACUAAUCUCUCUCCCAGAUUAUGGCCUCGAGCAAGUGCUGUAGGGGAACGGCUUUGGAGCCCUUCAAAUGUCCGAGAUGUGAAUGAUGCUUAUGAGAGACUGACAGAACAUCGCUGCCGUAUGGUUAGACGUGGAGUACCAGCACAACCUCUUUUUACUGGAUAUUGUGAAAUGUGAAGUGCCCAAGGAGCAGAAUGGGGAUCAAAUCUUCCUGCUGAUGUUUGUACUGUGAUCAACUUAGUUUUGAAAUUAUGUAUAUUAAAAUAUGAAUUAUACAUUUUUACAAAUAAAAUUUAUCAUUGUCAAAAUA